AUGAGCCCAAGAACGACGAGCCGUCUCACAAACCAUGCCAUCGCAUCAUGGCCGACCCCGCCUGUCCACGGGAUCCCUCACUGGCACGGUGUGUUCGCUGCAGACCAUUCCCAAGAACUCGAGUAUCAGCAAAACCUGAUAAUUUGCCGCUUCAAAGCCCAGCCAGACGAAAGCUGGGCGUUCUUGGCUGCAGAUACCAAGCACCUUCAGCCUGUAUCCUCCAUCCUGUCCACCUUGCGCCCGCCGCUUCGCCGUUCAAUGAGGCUGUGCAAGCAAUGCCAAGACCUGCGAGGAUGGGUGGUUUCGCCCUGGCUUCAACUCUCGCCAGUCCAGGGGGGGGGGGACCACAUCGCCAGCGCUCUACACUCAAUCAGAGGAGAAGCAAUCAAAACGAGGCCUUUAAGAAGUCUUGGCAUUGCUCCUUUCACACUCACUGGCCGCCACAUGCAUUCUAUUUGCGCGAUUUGUGAGUUUGUUUAG